AUGGCAACAGUAGGUAUUUUUCCCUUUCCCUUUCCAAUAUUUCUAAACAUGCAUUAAUUUGGGCAGAAGUCAAGAACUGAGCCAGACAUCGAUAGGACACUAUCUUCAGACAAAGAACACAGAGAGAGACUUCUAAGACUACCUUUCCCAUUCUAUUUUCUUGAGUUCACUCUGUUGGCUAAGGAGAAACUUUUCUAGUUAUAUGGACGGGCUAAACUCUUGCAGACAGCAGAACUUUGAGAAGAAUACCAGCUAUGUAGCAAGGAAUUCUACCACUCAUGUUGGUUUUGGUGUCAGAGGCUUCCCUAGUGUGAAGCUCAGGGUAGGCUAAAAAUAAAUCCUAUAAGAUAAGCCUUGCACAUUUCAGUAUCAAUGCAAGAAGAUAUUCAGAGAAAAGGAUGCUGCACACCAGUGCCCUAUGUGUGGUAGAGGGAUGAUGUCCUCACAGAAACCUACUGUGUGAUGAGUAUUUCAAAGGGCAGAACUUGUCUGCUAGUACUGUUCUUUCCUCACUAGUGUGAGAAACUGGCAGUCACAGGACAAGCUGAUUGUGAAUAUACAGGGCUGUUUUCAACUAACUUUUACUCAAAGUAGACCCACUGAAAUUAACAGACCUAGUCAUAGGCAUUAAAUCCAACAAGUCUACUCUGAGUAAAGUGUGGGUUGAGUCACAGAGAGGUACUUUUAUUGACAUUUCUGCCUUUUGUGCCAUUUACCUUAGCAACCAGGUCUGUCUACUCUCUGGGGUCAUGUGAUAGCUUUAGAAAGAAACAUGUGCAGAAUUUACCUAGCCUGAAUGGGAUAUUGUCCUGGUUUAACCAUGUUGCUGAAAACGACCUGAUCAGGAUCAAGAGCCACUUUUAGAAAUGGUGGGCAUAGAAUUCUUGCUGUGGCAAAAAAUGGGAUGUGAUCCACAGGCAGUUCUCUUAAUGAAGAGUUUGCUCAGGUUAGUGUGACUGGUGUUCCUGCUGCCUAACAACAUAGCCUGAGAGCAAGCAUGGAUUGAAUGCCAAGUAAUGACAGUCCCUUGUCCUUAGAAAGUUGUUGAUGCUCUGUUGUAUUUGUUGGCAUCUUCAGAAUGAUGCUGUGCCAAAUUGGUAUUGGCUUGUACAGACAUUUUUGCCAAAAUAAAUUUCUGGCUUUCCAGGAUUCCAUGGGGUUGAUCCACUAGUGGUGCUGAAACUAUCCCUUGUUCCAGAGAUUGACUGUCAGUAAUCUCUAGGCUAGGGGUGUCUAACCGGUGGCUUUCUGGAUGCUGUUGGACUCCAGCUCCCAUCAGUCUCAGUCAGCAUGGUCAAUAGGCCCCACAUGAGGAAGAGAGCUCUCUCACUCAAACAUUGUGAUUUUGACUGAACAAAGGCAGGAUGUGUGUUAGCCUUUCUCUAGUGAUUGACAGAAAGUGAAGCUUUAUAGAAUCAGAUAGAAAGAAGGGCCCUCAAAACUUGUCAAGAUUUACACUUAGGCAAGAUAUUAUAUUAUGCAAGACCCCUUUAUGGUGCUUUAAUGCCUUCAGCUACACGGAAGCACCAUUAGUUUUGCAUUCUGAAGGAAGUUCUGUGGUGCAUGCAAAAGUGUUUCCCAGGUUAUAGCCACAGAAUUGCACUUACAGAGAACUCUGUGUUAUUUGGAAUAACAUGGGUUCAUGAUUCCAGACUAUACCUGCUUCAUUUGUGUGUGAAACUCCAUGAUAAUCGUGUUGGAAACAAUUAUGCAUACCAUAUAGCACUCCAUUCAUUCUUGGACUCCAGACUCCAGUGAAGCGUCUUUUCUAAAUUUACAGAGAUUCAGGAGUGCUGCGCUGAUCACUCUCCCAGGCACAGUGGCUACACAAUGACUAUCUUACCUGUGCAUGAGAUCUGUUGCUAUCAUUCAUUGAGUGCCGUGGGGUUGAUGACAGAACUUUUGCAUUGUAUUUGUUCAUGAAUCAGAGCCUUGGUUCAUAUACACUGAUGUAAGCACAUAUGGUAUUGUAGCAUACCAGUGGAACAAAUGAAACAUUUGUUGUAAGAAUGCAUUGAGUAUUUUGCUGCAGAAGGAUUCACUCUACAGGAGAUGCCCUUAAGACUGAAAUGGAGGAAAGGAAUUCAAAGUGGAAAAUGUGCAAUAUCCUGUAGUGUGUGUCUACUCAUCUGGGUGGUUAGUGUCCAUCUCUCUAUCACGAAGGACAAAGCCCAUCCAUGUGGGUCACACAUUCCCCCCCCCCCAAUCUAACAUGAACUGUGAGAAAAUCAGCACUUUUAGAUAGCAGCAAUGGCAUGAGUUUAAUUACAGAAUGUUGUACUAAUGCUGGGCUUGAUUCUUUGCUACUUGUUCCAUACCUUGAUUCCAUGAAAUAGAUAGCCUUUUCAGGGGGAAGUUCUGGGAAAACUUCACCCGCACACCCUUUCCCCAUCAAAUAAGCUCCUGCUUUUUCUGGGGAAACUUCAUCUGCCCUCCCCUUUCCCUGUAAAGAGGGCCUGCUGCCAUCCUUGCUGUAGUUGCUUUGUAGGGGAAAGGUUAGUUGCUAAAAAAGUAGUGUGUGUGCCCCAGCACUGGAGCAAAACAGCAGGCACAAUGAAUUUUCACUGAAAGUGGACAGCAUCGGAGGUGAGGGAUAUGUUGUAGGGAAUCAUGUGAAUUUGUUUUAGAAGUGAUCAAAGCAGAUUGGUAGAUAGGCAAUUCAAUGGGGUGGGGCUCACAAACACCACCAUCCACAUCACAGACCAAUCGCCCCAGAGUCAGACUUCAAACACUUGCAGAGUACAGUUGAAAGAGAAUUUCCAGAAGUGGCUAAAAUCAAAACUGUAAGAGUCUGGGAUCACACCUGAAAAAAGGAAAUAGCUUCUGACAAACAAGCAGAGGGCUUUCUCGGUAGUGGCGCCCGCUCUGUGGAAUGCCUUCCCAUCAGAUGUCAAAGAAAUAAACAACUACCUGACUUUUAGAACACAUCUGAAGGCAACCCUGUUUAGGGUAGUUUUUAAUGUUUGAUGUUUAUCGUAUUUUUAGUAUUUUGUUGGGAGCUGCACAGAGUGGCUGGAAAACCCAGGCAGAUGGGCGGGUUAUAUACAUAAUAAUAUAUCAUCAUCAUCAUCAGCUAGAUUUUCAGGAACUGAGAGGGAGCAAAUGGUGGCAAUACCAGAGACGGAGGAAGUACUUUGUGCAGGAAACCUGUGCCUUGCUGAAUAGCUGCAGGGGGAAGGUGCCAGCUUCCCCUUUCCCAGCUAGUGAGAAAAAACCGGGAGGUGGGAUGAAGAGAGGAGGUGGUGGGGCUCUAAUUCCAAGCAGACCUUCCUGGAGCAGGAAUGGAUUUGGAAAUUCCUGAGUGUUGGGAAAUGGCUUUAAUGCAAUUAACUGAAAUAAAAGGAGGGGGUCAGAUAAUGGGGCAAAGGUUCCUCUACCAUAAAGAGGAGUAAAACAAAAACAGCUGUUCUGAAGCCCUCAAACUCUGCUCAUUAAAUCCCAUCUGAGGCUAAUGGUUUGGGCCGUUAAUUGUGGGUGGUGUCUUUAAAAGAUACUGAUGCUUUCAUAGUUUUGCUUAGUGUAAGAGGCAGCUGGCAUCCCAACUCCCCAGAAAUGGCUUGCAUGGGCUUUUAAGCAUGCAGGUAGGCAGCAAGCACAGUGCAGACAGUGAUGUGGUGCUGAAUUGCAUGAUUAGAUAUGUAAUAGACAUUUCUUGUCCAUGAUUCAGCUUGGGCUUUUGCUGCUGAAGUUAACAUGUUGAUGGGGAGAGGAAAAGAACCCUUCCAGUCUUCUUUAAGUUCCUGAACUGGAGAGCUGCCAGCAGAGCAAAUGUAUUGUUACAUACCACUCAAAUCUCCAUGAAUGGUGUGAGAUUCUAAGGGAUGCAGAUGCACUAACCAGGGUCUAUGUUUCCUUUUGGGACAAUGUGUCACAACAGAGACUGUGGUAUCUUUAUGAUAUAUGAAAAGAAUGUUUUUUUCUGCUACCACUGAAGCUGAUAUUAUUUUGCUCAGAAGCCUGAUUGAGCUUCAGACUACUGCUCUUGGGAAGGAGUGCGGUCUGUUGGGCCUAUGCCAAACUUUAAACAACUUCUUCAUUAAUUUCCUAACCCCAAACCUCACAGUAACUAUACCAUUCAGUUGUAGGGCUCAACUCCUGCCAUAUUUGUCCAAACAGCAUUCCCCACUAUGCUUCCAGAUGUGCUAGCAAACAUUUUAAGUCAAACAUGCUGUGCAGUCCCUUUGUUUUAAUCCAAGGGAUGUGCUGACAUGUAACACUAAGGCAAGGUGUGCGACUUGUUUAUCCAUAAUGUGCACUAGCACUCCUGUUUUGCUCUUCCCAGCUGGGGAAAGCAAACCACAACCCUUGACUUUAGCAUUAUGUCCAAACCAGUGUGCAUUAUUUGUUCCUCUCCAAACUAACCAUGCUGCGAAGCCAAGGUUUAUUAUUCUUGUCUCGCCGACUGUGGUUUGUUUGGGAGCAAUGUACUAGGAGGAGCACUUGCUAGGAUGACAUCAUGCCAAGCCAGAACUUGUGGUUUGUUCCUCCCAGCUGGAUGAAGGGAGGAGCAAAGCAGGAAUGCUUGAACUGUAUGCAUCAGCAUACUACUUGUGCAUAUUAUGGUUCAAAAAACCAACACACAUCAUGGCUUAGCAUUACAUGUGAACGUGGUCAGUGGUUCAAACUUUUCACAACAGACUUCCCUUGAAACACAUGCAGAGGAGCCACACAGUUUCAGCAUGACAGCAGGUGCUAAUCCUGUAGCAUUAAGAAAGGUCUAGGACACACCCACCCCCUUCUCAGCAGGAAAGGUCUGUUUUGCCUGUCUCAAAAGCCCAAGGACAUUUUUUAUGCAUCAUGCAGAAAAGGGAAUGCUCCAAUAAAAGUAAACGGGAGUGUUGGAAACAACUGAUUGCCAUUGGGCAGCUACCUACCAGACCUAGUGGAGCAGCCAAGAGAAUCACCAGAUGUGGGGUCACUUUGCUCUGGUGUUCUCCCUAUCCUUGCAAAGAAGCUGGAGACACUUAAGCAAUGCAAUAGUAAAAACACUGAUAAAGUUCUGUCCCAUCUUGCCUGCCUGGUGACCAGUCUCUCAUGUUUGGAAAGAAAACUCCCAAGUGUGUCUUAUAACCAGCAUAUCCUCGCCUGUCAUUUUCUGAUCUUAUGUGAAACUUUCUAACCCAAGUCUAAAUCCAUCCAGUACUUUUUCAGAAAAGAUCCUCUGCUGACAUUAUCCUUCAGCUUACACUGUUGCCUCUGCAAUAAAUCUAGUCCCAUUUACCCUCUCUUUUCAUUCAUGCAUUGGAUUUGUUAUACCUAUAUAUUGCACUCUUUCAUGGGGAAACUCAGCGUGGCUAAUGGAGGGUGGUAAUGGCGUGGUCAGUGUAUGGUUUCUGAAACAUUGGUCCAGCUAUCUCUUUACAGGAUCUGGUGAUGGUAAGAGCAUAAAAAGAACUCCACUGGAUCAAAUCAACUAUCCAUCUAGUUGAGCACCCUUUCCCCCACAGUGACCAACCACAUGCCUUUGGGACACCUACAAAUGCAUGAACACAAUAACCCUUCCCUGUUAUUGUGCCCCAGAAACUGGUGCUGAGAGACACACGGCCUCUCAAAUCUGGUGAAGAAUUGUGCAUUUCCUGUUCUUUCAUGUGUCAGAAAGAACAGGGUGGUGAGGUUAGUUGUAGCAGUGUAUUCAUACUUGGUCAAUCAAUUAAUAUGCACAAUGUGAGCAGAAGGGCCUGACUGGAUGGGCAAACUCACGGUUGGGAACCUUAAUAAUAUUUUUCUCUUUAUUUUGCACCAGAUGUGGUGGCAGGCACUGUGCGGAACAUAGAAAUGUGUUUCUGCCCAGAGGGCUUGCUGUCUUCAUUAGAUGGACAAGUUAGUAGGAAGAAGAGAUCAGGGACUAAUUGCACAAUUACUUGUGCAAAUGGAAGUGGAGGUGCAGGCAAAGACUUUGCUGAUGAUAUGGAUUAUGGAAGGGCUUUUAGAAGAGAGGGAAAUUGUGGGGAGGGUCCUCUGGGCACAGGGAGCAUCCUGUGGCAGAAGGCACAGAGAAGAGAGUGGUAGAAGAAACAAAGGUCAGUAAGAGCAACUCAUCUUAUGCAGAACAGAGAGCAACCUUUGGGGAACCCCGAAUGUGGGCAUCAGAGGCGCGGUCCUUAGCCAGGGUGAGGGAGAGCACAUAACUGCAGCCCCUCUCUGACUGUUGCCUUCUCAUUUUCAUUCCAGUUACUACCUUGAUGGCCGAGUGGCCAAGGUGACGGACUUCCUGAAAACGCGCCUGUUAGACACACUCUCUGACCAGAUCAGGAAAAUCCAGAAAGUGCGUGAGUGAGCUGGGGCAAGAGGGCAGCAUGUCUCCAAGGGUGGGGAGCAUUCUCCUGGGCUUACUCUGCCCAGUUCUAGACGCACCUAGCAGGGGUUUCAGUUGGGACCAACCUUGCUACUUAUGGGCCCUGCAGGAUCCCAGCUUUCAAGUCAGGCUAAGCAAAGCUGGGAGAGUAGGUAUGAAGAUAUCCAAGAUAUGCCCCAUAGACAGGCUCUGUCCCUAUGGGAGCAUUUGGAAUGGCUACUUUGGAGUCAGUCAAGCUGUAGUAGUAUCAGAACUUCUGGUAGAUUAUGGCAGUAAAUGUACUAUAGUCUCAACAAGAUAGGAAUUGAGGGUGAGGCAAUAGACCUUUGGAAAUUAAAAUGAAAAGUAAGAUGGAAAUAUGGCUCUUCUUUAUGGAAUGCACCUUGCUUAGCUAUGAGGCUUCCUGGCAGGAAUGUUUGAUACAUUGUUGACUAGAAUGGUCGACUCAUCAAAACAAACAUGAUUUAUCAGAAAGGACUUUUUAAAUCUUAAUUUGGGGUCGGAUUUUCAUCUGGGCUAUCAGGCUGAUCCUAAUAGGGGACCAAUCAUUCUGUUAGAGAACCCAACACAAAUAUUAGGUGAAGUGCCACUAAUUAAAGUUAUGAGCCCCUUUCUAUGCUCUUGCCUUGUUUUAUUGCUACAAGAUGCUGCCUUCAGGUAAUGAAGCCAGGUCUGGCAAGUGGCCAGAUCUCCUAGGCACUCUGACAGGUCUCCUGUGCAAAGGCAGAAGGAGAUGCAAGCUGGCAUCCUCAGUCCUUGUUGUCACUGAUGUGCUUUUGUUUGCUGGCGCCGUCUUGUCCUGGGCAUGUCUGUGCUGCCAAGGUUUGUCUUGUGUUACGAUGGCAUUUCCCAGGCCGGUACCUCUGAUGCCAUGCUCAUAUCUCCAUUUCACCACUUCAGAUGCUCAGCAAAGUACCACUGCCCAAUUUGGUCUUAGAAUCAAGGCCUUGUGAGAAAGUUUUGGCUGCCCCAAAACUAGCAAGUUCGUUGCCACCCUGUGCCCAGGACUAUUAUUACUCUCAUUAUGCAAUCUGGCAUGGUUGUGACGUGAGAUUGCUUCAUAGUUGCCACCGCCAUAGUUCCUAUUCUCAGUUUCUCAGGAACAGUUUAGAGUCUGAAAUCCUGUCCUGGCUUAUGGAGGAGUUAGACCUUGUGCACCCAUGUAGAUUGACCAUCUGAGCACUAACCAGAUUUCCCCCCUUUCAUUUGGCUGCUAUUCCUUUAUUUAGUUCUUUGGCAAAUUUACACAUUAUACUUGUACAUACAGUAAGGAGCUAUGUCUGAUCCCAGCUCCAUGGUGCAUUGUAUUUAUAUCAUAAAAACAGUGAAAAAUGUGUUAGCUGUGCACACAUGUUUAUGUAUAUACACAUGACAAAUACAGUGUGUGAAAGUGGCCCUUUUGUGCAGUGCUGGUUGAAGGGCAGCUUUCAAUGAACAUAUAUGCAAAGGAGUCACCAUGUGAGGAUCAGAGAUGAUCAACUUUUUAAAACUGAGAAUGAGGGCAACCUUUGCAGUCAGGAAGAUGGUAGGGUUGCCCCAUGGUUAGAUGGCAUGCCAGCCUAAUGUGAUGUAACUUGGAAGGGAAGUUUAUCUAUGUAUAUGGGAUAUAUCCUACACAAGUUAGUGUGUGCGUGUAAUUUCUAUUUCUGUAAGGAGAUGGGACUUUGAAGAAAUAACACCCCCAUCUUGCAACAGUGGGGUGCUUUCUUCACCAGCAUGCUAUGUGGUACUUCAGAUGGGACACAUAAGCCUAGGGAAGGGAGCCAGUGCUGGAUCAGAGGCUCCUUGGGCACUUAAGAAAUGGUUGAAGUGAAGGCCUGCAAAGACCUGUAUGUUAAGGGGUUGGAGUAAGACCAGUGCAGGUACUGGACGUGGGGGAGAGGUGAGGAAGGUUGAUGCCAGGCAAUGGGUGGUGUUAGUAAGAUUUUUUUAUUUUAUUUUUUAGCUCAUGGUGUUUCCCACCUAUUACUCACCUGUACUCUGUGACCUGGGAUGCGGGUGGUGCUGUGGUGUAAACCACAGAGUCUAGGGCUUGCUGAUCGGAAGGUCGGCGGUUCGAAUCCCCACGAUGGGGUGAGCUCCCGUUGCUUAGUCCCUGCUCCUGCCAACCUAGCAGUUCAAAAGCACGUCAAAGUGCAAAUAGAUAAAUAGGUACCACUCUGGCGGGAAGGUAAACAGCGUUUCUAUGCGCUGCUCUGGUUCGCCAGAAGUGGCUUAGUCAUGCUGGCCACAUGACCCGGAAGCUGUACGCCGGCUCCCUCGGCCAAUAAAGCGAGAUGAGCACUGCAACCCCAGAGUCGGCCACGACUGGACCUAAUGGUCAGGGGUCCCUUUACCUUUACUCUGUGACCUCAUUAAGCCAUGCAAAGCCAAGUAAUCCUAUUUGUGCUAACCUGUCUACAUCCAUAGCAUUUUAUGAGUACUAGCUGCCUACUGAAGAUAACUGACCAUCCUUGCCCUUUUAUUUUGGCAAUAGGUUGUCAAUGCACAUGUGCCUGGAAAAAGGAUUUGGCUCGAGGGCAUCGGAGCCACCUCUGAAGGAGGCAUCACCAACCUCUCAGAUUCCUAUGCUGCCAGCUUCCUGUGAGUCAACCUGAGUGUGUUUUUGUUGGUGAUGUUGUUGGUGGUGUGUGUGAUGUGGAGACAAGGAAUUAGUCAAUGGAUAAUUAAUCAAUAGGUAUGUCAGCUGGUUGUCCCCUGGCUGCUUGUCCUUGAGCAUCCCUCACCAGUUCCCCAGUCCAGCACCCCAAAUCCAGUUUGGAACCCUAGCAAGGAGGUUGGGGAGAGGUUAACUCUUUGCAUCUUGCUGCAGUCCCAGUCUGGAUUGGGGAGGGAAGCAUACAUUGAAAAUAGCAAAAGCAAAAAAAAGUUCCAACAUGGGGUUUUGUUUUGUUUUGUUUUAUCUUGUCUGCAAAGAAAAUUGCAGGCCCAGGAAGCACAAUCCAGAUUGAGACAACAGCAGAAGGACAAAGGAUUAAAGCCCCACAAAUUCAGGUCCUGAUAAGGGCCAUGUCCCCCAUGGAAGUAGUGUGUGUGUGCGUGCACAUGGACAGAACUCCACAGUUAAGGUCACAUGCAGUGUCUCCCCCCCCCAGUGAACUGAUUCUCUGCCUUAUUUCCAGAAUAAAAGUUUCAGAACACUUUGCGCAUUGAUCUAGACCCACUUAACUGGGCGAAAGUCCCAUUUAAUUUAAUGAGUAGUCCCGUUUUACUUCUGAGUAGACAUGUAUAGAAUUGCACUGAAAAGCAACAGCCCUAUGCACACUGUCACGGGAAUGAAAUGCAUUCAAUACAGUGGGACUUUCUUCUGAGUAAACAUAUAUAGGAUUUCACUGUGAAUGCAUUAUUGUAAAUUCUUCAUAAGAAAUUUCCAACCAAAAGCAUCUGUUUACCAGAAAGAGACAGGAAAAACUUUAUGACCACUUGGACAAUGGAACAAACUGCCCCAAAGUUAUGGAAUUUCCUUCCAUGGAGAAACUUUUUAAGGAUAAACUGGAUGGCUAGUUUUCAAGAUCUAAGGAAAUCCUGCCAGUGAAAGAGGCUGUUUUCAAUGAGGUCCCAUUCCAUCCCAUUCACUUAUCCAAAGUGCGUAUCUUGCCUGUUCUUCAGGAUGGUUUUUUACAGCCUGGCUUUGCCAUUGACAAGGGUGAUUCAAGGCUAUGUGUCUUUUCUCCCUUCUCUACAAGUAUAGAAAAUUGGUCUAGUGAAGCACAAAACUCAAUUUCAUGAGAAUUUUAGCUUUCUUUACCACCCAAGUAAGAAGGCUUUGGACCCUUAUGUGGUAGGUUUGGAACAUUUUCUGGAGACAUCUCUGACGUCAGAGAAUUGAGUAAUUUAAUAUUUUCUGUGGUCAGAGAGAAGGAAGGACAUCAGUGCCUUGCAGAGCUCCUUGUCCCUCCCAGCGACUUACAGAAAUGGAAUACAUUUUUUAAAAAAUAAACACCAAUCUGUUUUAUCUGUAUACUUUAUAUCAGCCUUUCCAACCAGGUGCCUUCCAGAUGUUUUGGACUACAAAUCCCAUCAUCCCCAGCCCAUUCUGGCUGGGGCUGGUGGGAGUCACAGUACAAAACAUCUGGAGAACACCAGGUUGGAGAAGCCUGUUUUAUAUAGAGUCCAGCUUUUUGAGCCAUAGAGUUUGGGAUAUCUCAGCAUGAUGUUUGUUUGUUUGCCUGCUUGCCUGCUUGCUUGCUUGUUUGCUUGUUUAUUCCUUUCCCAGCAGCUUGGUCAGAGUGCUGAUUGGCUGAAAGUUCCCAUGCCCUUAUUCUCUUCCCUAUCAGCACCCGCCCCGUUUGUCUUUGCUCAUUAGAACGUCAGAUGUACAGUGAAGAUGGCGUAGCUGUACAUCAGCAGACAGGAUUUACUUGAAAAUUGCUGCCUGCUCUGUGCUAUUUUACACGUGCAACCAAAUUCUGUGCAUGACUUCUCCCAAGUCAGUCAGUCAUGCUUACUCCCAAAUUCACUGGGGUUUACUAAGCGUAUAAGUAAGAUUGCAGCCUCACAGCUAAAAUGAGUAAAUAGAAAUGACUUCUAAAAUUGCAUCUUUUCUUUCUAUUUUAUUUCUGUGCAAUCGCUUUGCUUCUCCCUAACCUCAGGGACCAUCACUGAUAGUCAUGGAAUUGUUUUUUUGGCUAUCACUGAAUAUCUCAGCUGGGAUCUAUAUAACUGUGUACAGUAAUUCCAGCACAGCCUUUAAUGGAAAUGGGGAAAAUGUGUAGCAUUGACCGUGUUCCCAAAAGUGGUUUUCACCAGAUAACUUCACAACAUUUUAUCAUAUUAGCAUCUAUCUCUUGAAAAACGCUUGAAUUUCUGCUGCCAGAAGAGCAGAGGACUUUUAUCAGAGUGCAAACUGGAUAAGAAAGUAGUGCUGUGUGCUGGAUAGGGUGUGGUAGGGAUACUUGAAGAAUUUGUUUUUUGCAAAUUCCAGUUCAAACUGGUCUGAUCUGGAUUAAUGUAAUUAUUCACAAACUUUCACACUUUUCUGAAUGUUGCAACUCAAUUUUCAGCAGUUUAAACAAGGGAUUGAUUGGGUGUGUAUUUUAAUGUGAAUUUUAGUGUGUAUUUUAAUGUGUUUUAUUUUAAUGUGUUUGCGUGUUUUCAUGCUGACUUAAAACCACAUACAAACUGAUGCAGAAAUGAACUAAAUUUUAAGAUUGGCAAAAUGAGAAACUGAAAGAAACUAAAUUCUCAUGUUUGUUCAUUCUUGGUUAAAUGUGGCAAAAUGCAUUUAAAAUGAAUAUUUUGAGAAAGAGUAUAUUAGAAAAAGUAUUUUAAGAGAAAAAGCCUUUAAAAAUAAAUAUUUAAAAAUUGGUUUUUAUCUAACUAGCCCAUCAUUAUGUACCAUUGAAUGACUUUUGUAAGUACAGUGGAGCUUCCCCUACACUCCAGUCUGCUUCCCCCAACCCUCUGGAGCAGAUCUGGGGGUGACAUGGGGGGAGAAGAGAGGGAGGUAUUCCAUUGCACUUGCAGAAGUCAUUCUCCACAUUCACUAUAUAGCUGGAUUCAAUCCAUAUCUUUAAAAUGUGAAUUUUUGUACAGGUUUUAAAAAAUAUUUGUUGAUCAAUGCAGGAAAAAAAUGAAUCCAUGCAAAAGUGACACGGGUGAACACAUGCAAAAGCAACAUGGACUUCAAUUGAUUUGUCCAUCGCUAGAGUAUUGGACUUGAAAAAGAGACAUUGCACUUCAAAAUUUCAUCCACACUAGAACCCUUUUGAAUUAAGGCAUUAUUUUUCCACAGUUAGCAAGUUCCAUAUGGCGUUUAUUAUAGCACUAUAUUAUCUGAAGAUGCUGGUCCCUAUGGCCAAGAUUCUUCUAUAAUGUUUACUAUGAAGUAAGUCUCUUUUGGGGAAGGUUGCCUGUAACUUUAUGAAGAAGCUUCCUCAUUGUGUCUUCUAUCUCUAAUUGCUUCCUAUUCAUGAAGGCAGCAGCAGUGUUGAAGAACUUCUUAAUUAGUCUCUGUUAUUGUGUGUGGGGUGCUUUCUUUUCAUUUUUGAAUUUUCUUUUCGAUUGUAAAAUAAUGCUAUUUCAGAGAAUAAAAAACAAGAAGAAAUCCAUAGUUAAAACUCACCAGGGUACAAAUAAUUGACUAAUUAAGGGGUAAUGAAAAGACAGAUUGUUGGUUGCACUGAACAAUAAGAAAGCUUAUAAUUAAAGACACAGUAGCCGUAGUGCUUUGCUAGUCCACAUAGAAUAUUGCAAUUGCAUUUUACCUCUUAAAAACCAAACAAAUCAGCUCGGCAAAAAGGCAACACAGACAACACAAUCAUUCCAACUGGUUGACUAUGAGCUCAUUUGAAUUCUCCAUAAAAAUGACUGAAUAAAGAAUAGUAAUUCUACACUAUAAGCAGUCCAAUCUCUGCUCAGCAGUGAACCUCAGUGGAUGACUUCAGGCCGGUCACUAUUGCUCAGUUUAAACGACCUCACAGGGAUGCUGUGAGGAAAAAAUGGAGAUGAAGACGUUUGUACUUCCUUGAUAGAAGGAACUAAAUCUGUUGUUAAUACUUCAGUUGGUCUUAAGUAUGGGAGCCAAGAAUCUGUGGGGCUGAGGCAGAAUGUAGAAGAAUGUUCUGGGGAUCCAUCUCCUGCUACUCUUUAACAUACUGAUUAAGUCCUCUGUUUUUUUGCCAGGUGGCUGAACUCCCUUGGGAUGUUGUCCAGUCAGGGCAUUGACGUAGUAAUGCGACACUCAUUUUUUGACCAUGGGCACAACCAUCUUGUGGACCAGAACUUUAACCCUUUGCCGGUAGGUGUGCAACACCAUGUUCCAUUCUGCAUCUUUUGAAUUUGCCCCAUCACCAGUCUGUUCUUAUUGGGUCUCUACCACACCAGACUGCUUGGUUUCCUUACCUAUUUGCUAUAGGUAUGCAGUGUGACCGUGGCCUCUUGUUUUGCCCUAUUCUCUUUUUACACCUCUUUUUACACCUCUUUUUACACACACACACACACACACACACACACCAUCCUUUCUGCAGUUGCUGUUCCAGAACAGCAGUUAUUUUCUUAACCAAUAAAGAUAUAUGACAUGUUGACCCCCACACACUAUGUCUUGUAUUCACAUAUUUAUUUAUUACUACAUUAUUAUAUCCCACUUUUCCUCCAGAGAGCUCAAGGUAGCAUAGGUAAUUCUCCCUCUCCACACUUUAUCCUCACAAAACCCCUGUGAGGUAAAUUAGGUUGAGAGACAGACCCAAGUGAGCUUCAUGGCUGGGUGAGGUUUUGAACUCUGGUCUCCCAGGUCUGAGGCCGUAUUCACACCAUACAUUUAAAGCACUAUGAUACCACUAUGAUACAGCCAUGGCUUCCCUGCCAAGAAUUCUAGGAGCUGUGGUUUGUUAAGGGUGCUGAGAGUUGGUACGAGGUCCCUAUUCCCCUCACAGCAGUACAAUUCUCACAGUGGUUUUACAGGGAACUCUGGGAAUUGUAGGUCUGUGAGGGAAACAGGAGCCUCCCAACAACGCUCAGCUCCCAGAAUUAUUUGGGGGAAGCUAUACCUGUUUAAAGUGGUAUCACAGUGCUUUGAAUAUAUGGUGUGAAUGUGGCCUUAGUCCAACUUUCUAACCACUAAACUACACUGCUUCUCCACUGUACUCUGAUCUCCACUGUACUAGCUCUGUCCCCAUCUACAUUUCUGUGUCCCCAUUUCAGGCCAGGCCUGGCUAUCCCUUUCCCUGUUGUCAGAUGUGCAACACAGCACCCACCCCUUUCUCUUAUCUCUCUCCGCCCGUCCACUUGCAGUGUCUCUGCCAUAUCAGUCUCAGUUUUUCCUCCCUGCCUUUCCUGUUCCCAGUCAGUAAAUCAGGGGAUUUGUGCUUGACUUCUGUGCCCUUGACCUGUUCCUCAGACUCUUGGCUGCAUCACAAAAAAAGAAAGAAAAAAAGAAAGAAAGAAAAAGCUAUGAGCAGCUGAAAAUCCACUGCUCCUUGUGGCCUGUUUGAACUCGGCUUGAAAAUACAUUUUUCCAGAUUGGUUUCUUUCAGUGCUAAUAGGAGACAUUAGUUAAUGUCAAGCACAACAUGUUGAAAGCAGAUGGGGGCAGGAUUACCUCUGGAGCUGGAACUUGGUCCACUGUGAAAGUCUCUGUGGGACCCUUGUGGGGUACACAAGAGCAAGAGAGUCAGGGGUUUCUUGGGGGGGUGCACAAGCAGGAGAAGGGGGGGGGGCAGGAGAGGAGUCUUAAGAGUCCUGAAAACAUGCUGUAGUAACAACCAAAGCCAGGGCAGCCGGCUCCUUAGGGAAAGACUAAAGAGUCAGGAAAACGGAGCUGAACGCAGUUUAGAUUUAUAGGAACGAAGGUGAAAGGAGUUCACAACUUCACACAGCAGGGCAGUUCCCUCCAGUUUAAUGCAAACCCGCUCAUUUGUAGCUCUUCAAAAAUGCUGAGGCCGUUGCUGUUCCAAGCGCUCAGGACUCUAAUAAGGAAACCGUAUGUAAAAGGUCUUUAAAAGUAGCAGGUUUUCUUUUCAUCUUUUUUCAGUCUAAUAAAUUCUACACCUUGCAAGUGGAACUCUUGGCAGCGCCGAGAAGCUCUGGAUCUCCUCGGCCAGGAAUUUACAAGCCUGGUCCAGGGUACCAAUCUGAGAGACACUGCCAGCAGGCCCCUGGAAUGCAGCGGUGGGGAUCUGGGAAGCAGAAGGGCUGCCGCAAAUGCAGAGUCCUGCCUGUAAUGAGCUGUAGAUUUUGCAUUCUUCUGCAGCUGAGUCCCUGGGAGACUCUGGACUUCUUACAGUUGUCUCUCAGAUAAUCAGCUGUUGGUUCUGGCUCCUUCAGCCUCACAUCUUUGGGCAUCAGGAAAAUGGAUUAGAGAAGUCAAAACCCCCUCCCCAUUAAAAAAAAAAAAAGAAUUGUAGAGUUGGAGGUGACUGUGAGGGUCAUCUAAUACAACACCCUGCAAUGCAGGAAUCUUUUGCCCCAUGUGGGGCUCAGAUCCACAGCCCUGUGAUUAAGAGUCCCAUGCUCUACCAACUGAGCUAUCCCAGGUUCUUUGGGUGGAUCCACAGUACAAAAGGACAUCAUGUUUUUUCCAGUGACCAAGGUACGUUGGAAAAAGCAGGUUAUCCUUAACCCCCAAUUCGUAUUCUUCCCUAGAAAGACUGAGAGGGGGAGCAUUCCUUGGAGGCUUCUUUCUUCAUCAUGCCUUGGUCCAGGAGGGCAAAAAAGGAGGGGGGAGGUUGGAUCUGAUUUGAUAUUUUAAUGCUUUAAUAAAUUUGUCUUGUUCCUCCCCUAGAAGACUCGGUCAACAAAUGACUAAUAUAUGAAAUAAAUAAAUCUGUCUAAUAACGAGGUGGAGGGGAAGAGGAAAGGAUAUAUAGCUUACAGAUAAUGGUCAGCCUUCCAGGGGACACAUGCAGAAGAACAAGUGUUACAUGGUCCCAAACCAAAAUCACACAUGCCAUCAACUGAGCAUGCAAAUAUAAUGUUUAUUUGUGCUUUUAUUUUGUAACUUUAUCUUGUGAGCCAUCCUGAGAUCUUUGGGUGAAGGACAGUAUAUACAUUUAAUAAAUAAAAUAACAAUAUAAGUCAUUUUCUCUUAAGUCACCGCUAUACCAGGUGACUGAGAGUAUGGGGCCCCCAGAAGGGUCCAAGUCUUGGGAGGUGGUGUAUGUGUGAAAGAGAGAUGUAGGAGAGUUUUCUGUAGGAUUUGCAAGUGCUUCAAGGUAGUCCUAAUGUGGAACAGGACUCCCUCUUCUGUGCUAUUUAUCUUCAGGGCACUGUGAAUGGCUGUCCUUCCAUUUCUUUUUUUAAAAGCAUCUCUCAUUACACUUUUAGCCAAUAUCUUUCCUUUUUGCCCUCAGCAGGUGAGUUGCUAGAGGGUUUUUGUUUUUUAAAAAAACCAUCAACAAUAACAGCAAGGCCAGACUGAACCUGGGGUGAGGUGUGGCGGCCGCUCUUUUCCCGUGGGAGCUAUCACCGAGAUGAAAGCAGCCGUUUGGGCCUGUGUAGGGCUGCUGGGAUGUGAAACCAAAUCCUCCCUCUCGCUCGGUGACAAAGACUUUUCCACAUGCUGCCUUUCCUUUGUGCAGACCCUUAGCUGCUGAGAGAAGCCGCGGCAUCAAUCACUGCCUUAGCCUGGCUGCCCAUCAGCUGGCAAUGAACUCAGGCUGGGCGCCCACUGCAAGAGCUCCGUUCCUUGGCUUUCCAUGCCAUGGCCCAUCCAGCUCAGUCAGAAUGAAAGCUCCAGCUACAGAGAUGCUCUGCCGAAGCAGAUGCUCUGAUAGCUGAGCUCAUGUGGCUGAGUUCAGAGAUCCAGGGAUAAUUCAACCUGCCAACAUGAGUGUCUUUCAACUCUGCUGCUGCUCUGAAGAUCAAAGAUAAAAGACAGUGUCUUCAAAUACCAUCCAUAUUCUACGAGCAGAAAAUAUAUAGUGCAGUGGGACAAAGUUUUCUGGUCCUGCUAGAUAGAAAAGUCACAAAUCUGCACUUGCUGCUUAUGAGGAAUAAACAGCUUGAACCGGUGGCCUUUGGAUUGCCAGGAGGCUGGCCACUUGGCUACCCUAGAAAUAGAAGGGGCCAUGGUAGUACAUCUUGCAGUAGGUACUGACUCAGUUACACCUGCAUCUUGGGUCACAAAGGCUUUAAUUCUACACACACACAUCCAGCUCUGUGGAUGUAGAGAAUGAAGUGGAAAGUGCCUUGUACAAAACAGCCAUGGAGCCUUGAUUGCCAAUGGCACUGAACUCAGUUCCCAUCCACCCCCAUGCUCUGGACUCUGUCAGGAAGAGGUGAUGACAAGGUACAGCUCAGCUAUUCCUCCAGCUGCUGCAAGAGCCUGGGAGACUCUCCGCUCCUACCCAGCAGCCAUCAGGGCAGGAUCCAAUUCCUGUCAUGUCACAGUAGUGCUUAGACUCCAUCCAAGGCUGUCCUGGGCUGAUCAGCACAGCUUCAGGUUCUGUGGCACAUCACACUGAACAGAUCUCAACAUCUACCCAGACCCAGGAGAACUUGAAGGGUCAAAGUUGCUCUCUUGUCUUCCUUCUCCUGUCACGUCCUGGUUUGAGGGAAGGACUGUGGCCCAGUUGCAGGCAAAAGGUACUAGGUUCCACCUGUGCAACCUCAGGUAAGGCUGGGAGAAACCCUUGCCUGAAAUCCUGGAGAGCCACCACUGGUCACUGUAGACAGUACUGAGCUAGAUAGACCAAUGGUUUGACUUAGGAUAAGGCAAGAUCCAAUGUUCUCAUAAGGGAUGGGUUCAUCAAUUAGCUGAGCAGCAGUACUAGAAUGGAUUCUAAUUGUCUAUGCCAAAGGUUUUCAACCUCUUGACCAUUUUCAGCUCCCUUGACCAACUACCUUCUUUCUGCAGCACUCCCGUGGGGCUCAGGAGCCCAGUUAUGUCACCCCUUGCCUGCCAAGCUGGUAGCAUCUCACCCUUUUUCAAACACCCUCCCUUGUGGAUGUUCCCUCCUCCUCUUCUCUUCCUUCUCCCUGGGAGUCCUCCAGGCAGCCGCUGCAGCCACCCCUGGUCUCUGAGCUGCCUGAGUUCCUGGAAACUAGCUCCUGGCCAGACCCCUAGGCACCAUUCACCUGGGGAGCUUGUAGCCAGAGCUGCUGCAACUAACAGCUGUGCAAACCUUUGGGAGGCACAGAUGUGAGAGGGCAUCAGAGGAGUGAGAGAAGGAAAGAUGGACAGAGGCCAGUGUUGCCCGUGGCACCCCUGACCAUCAUUCAAGGCAUCCCAGGGUGCCACGGCACACUAGUUGAAAACCACUGGUCUAUGCAACACCCUGUCCUGUGUCUAAGGGAAAUGAAGGCCAACAGAUGCUUGAAAAGGAAUGUGUUAAGUGAGCUUCCAGGAAGAACAUGACAAUGGCAGCCCUUGGGAGAUACUCCCAGACUACUCUCAGCUUACUCCCAGCUUUCUCCAGCCUGCAGGCCUAGUUAAGCCUGCCGGGCUUCCCAGUUUGGCCCAUGGGAGCAUUUUGCCCAGGCCAUGCCUACCUGUAACUCACUGGGCAUCACAUGAAAGGUAAAUCUGUUGUAAAGUUGUGGGGCAGGUAAGGCUGCGCUUGCAAAGGAGGAAUGUGUCUGCAUUCAGGCACCAAGGCUGCCUUUGGUCAGGGUCAGGCAUACUUCAAAGUUCCCCUAAAGUUGUCCUUGAUCUGAAAUUCUGUCUUCUCACACCCCUUGGGUGAUAUUGUUCACCACAAAUACUCUCGGCCUUUUCUUUUAACACUCUCACAGCUCAGAACUGUGCUGCAGCCUCUGAAAAUGAGUUCUGGGCAACUAUUAUUUGUAAAGAACAGAGUAACACACCCAGUAGGCACUUUGGCUGGGAGAAAACACCACACUGUCUGCCUCACACUUGCGUGCUAAGUGUGUGUUGUUCUCAUACUUGUGGCUGAUGGCACCCCUGUUGCUGCGCCUCAUCUCAUCUGCAGGCGUGAACAUGCGUCUCUGGAAGGAACAGGACGUGAAGUGUGGAGAGCAGAACCACAAGUGACAUUUAAUGUUCUCCUCUGUUUGCCAAUAAUAGCUCUCAGAGGACCGCAAGUGAAGGGACUAUUAUGCUGCUGCUACAUGCCAGAUUACAGCAACGUUUAUUCACCAUGUGGUUAGUGCACAAUUUCACAGCCCGGCUGGCCUGGUUGUAAAGCUAUACUGGGCCCCUGGGAAUGUAUCCUGUAAUGGCUCUGCCAGGAGACAGGCAGGUCUGCUGAAUAGGACUGCAUGGCAGGUCAUCUUAUUCACACCGUUCCCAACACCUUCUGCCUCUGGACAUGUACCUGUGCAAGGAACCCCCAGGGUCCUCUGGCAAAACUCCCUGCAGUGGUAUAACUGAGAGUAACGGUCACUCAUUCUACAGCAGCGUAAUCCAAUAUAGGGCAGAGCUUGUAGGUUUUUGGUAGUUAUAGUGAAAGGGAGAAUUUGAGCAGACGAUGCAACAUGGGAGAACAAUAUUAAAAGUAGAUCUCUGACCUGUAUUGAAUGUGGUGUAAUGGCUCGCCUGCUUUUAUGUUUUUCUUUUUCUGUGGGGCAGGAUUACUGGCUCUCCCUGCUCUACAAGCGACUUGUCGGGCCCAGGGUGCUCUCUGUGCAUGUGGCUGGGCUGCAGAGGAAACCUCGCCUUGGCAGGGUGAUCCGUGAUAAACUGCGCAUCUACGCUCAUUGCACCAGCUACCACAAGUGAGUUGCCACAUGCCGCAAGCACAGCUUCUUGGAACAGAGGUAGGGGCUGGGGCACUGGUGACUGGAAGACCCAAGAGGGUUAACUCAGCAUGGGCCACACCCUCAGACGAAAAUGUCACUUGGCAUGGAGGAGGAGGAGGAGGAUUUGGUACUGUCAUCCCUUUUGCCUGAGGUCGCAGGGCAGGUUACAACAAUAAAAACACAACAUUAAAAACAAUUCAAAACAACAUCUCGGAAACAACAGUGGGUCCCAAAACGUAUACAUCUCUAGUGUCAAAACCCAGGGUAAAGAGGUGCGUUCGCAGCCAAAAGCUAUUAAAUGAUAGCGAUACCUUCCUGCUCCAUCCUUCUGAGCAGCUAUGAGCCUGUCCCUGCCAAAGAGCAGGUCUCUUACUGACACUUGGUGUCCCAGGGACAAUUAAUACAGCAAGGGAGUAGCUCUUGUCUAUAACUCACCUUUUGUCCGCCCCCCCCAAAAAGGGUUUAAGUUCUCCUCCUGCUGCAAGGAGGUUAUAACGAUUGUUUGGGGACCAGGAUUUAAGAACCUGCUUCUCUUCCCCCUGCUGCCCCCGCAAUCCCUGUGCGCAUAUCUGCAUCCUUACUUGCUCUGGUUGUAGCUGGGGUGGGUGGGGAAUGGCUCUGGUGAUGAUAGGGAAGAGCAGCUAUCUCUGGGACUAGGGUGAGCGCCUUUGCAGCCCAACUUUUAUCAGGAUGAGAUCAGGAGAGUGCAUUUUCCUCCAAAGGCCCCGGGGGUCUGGUUUCAGUUCCUCGCCCCCCUCCACUCCCCUCACUUGGGGCACCCAGCUAGCUAGGGUUUCUGUGAUAAGCCUUUUCAAAGCAUCCUCCUCCGAGCGCAGGGCCUGGGAGUCCCCUGUGUGCACACAGGUCCCCAUUGUUGCUUCCUCAUUUCGGGCAGAAGCUUUCAACAAGCUUCCCCCUCCAGGAGGGAGUCUUGGCCAGUGACUGACAGGUAACUGGCAACUGGGAUAGGGACAGGUGGGAAAGGAAAGGCAGCAGGAGCGGGCACAGGUGGGCAGGUCAUCCCAUGCCCUGGGCAUUUGGAAGAGAGACUGCUAUUCACUCUCUGUGUCUUCUGUUUGGGGCAUUUCUGGCUAAGCUCGCUGCAGAAGCAUGAGUACUGUAAAGAGCUUUACUCUAGAAAUAUGGACUGAGAAAAUAAUAUUUAUAAAGCUCUGAGUGCCUCAUGUUAUCUUUACAAAGAUCCUGCAACAGAAUUGUAUUAUUGUCCCCUUAUUACUGAUGGGGUCCGAGGCUGAGAAGAUAAGUGAUUUGCCUAAGGCCACAUAGUAAAUUCAUGCAGCUGAGGGGAGGUUUCAGCUGGGGAUUCCCAUCUCAUGCUCUUAACCUUUCCACCAUUUUUCAAACAUUCCAAAAGGUGGGAGCUUCCUUUAGCAAUGUAGUUUCCUUCUGCCCUGUAAAUUGACCUGCUUUGACAGUCUUAAUGCUGGUGGCGCUUCUCAGGGCCAGCUGCAAAUUGUGGCUGAUUCAGAGGGAUUUGCUUAAAACUGCAAGUGCCUCUUGUCAUGCAUGUUGGCUGCAAAACACACACUAAUGACUCUAGAGCCCACUUGACCAUCCCAUUGGUUAGAAAUGCUAGAGCAGCCAGUUUGUUACACACCCACCCUUUCACAGGCUGAAGUAGCUGCCCCCAUGGCUAUAUCAAAGAGCAGUGGACUUGAAAGGCUGUCUAGUCCAGCUCCCUGCUGCAAAGCAGACCCCUCCUUCCAUCACCCAAUCAGCCUAUGCACUCUGGACCAGAAAAUGCCAUGUACAUAGCACUGUCCUCGAUCCUUUAUCUUACCAGAUUGGAACUACACUGAAGAAUCCAUCCCUAGGUAACAUCACCUUGCAGUUACUUAAAAUCAUGGGUUGCAACAGUUCCAUUUUGUGCCCUGUCUUCACCCAGGCUAGAUCGCUUGGCCAAGACAUUUUAAUAGCUCCACCUUACUGGAGAAAUAGGGCUCUGUGUGUGCUGAGGAGUUCAGAGGAGCUGUGCGUUGCAUCCACAUCAUCACACUGGCCAGCUAUUGCAGGAUAUGUCGGGGCCAUUCUCUUGCCAAACUUUUCUUUGCAAAGGAGAGAGAAAAGGAAAGUAAUGUGACAGGGCAACUUCCUGAAUUGGAAGGGCAGGAAACAUUUCAUACUGUCAUGCAUUUCAGCUAGACAAAAAAGUCAGCUGCUUCUGCAUAAUAUGGCCCCAUCCUCCAGUUCCUUUGACUGGAGUGAUUUUAUCUUGGGAUCUGUGGAGCAAUAAGGGAAGUCCUCAACCUUGAUACUAACAGGGAGGUAUCUAGGGAAGUGUGCACACGACUGACCCUAAGCCACCUUGUCUCUAUCUCACACAGCCACAACUACGUCCGCGGCUCUAUCACACUUUACAUCAUCAACCUGCACCGGUCCCGGAAGAAAAUCAAGCUGGUGGGAACUCUUCGGGACAAGCUUGUCCACCAGUAUGUGCUGCAGCCCUAUGGGCAGGAAGGGCUACAUUCUAGGUGAGCACUAUCAUCCUGGUAGGCAUUGAAAAGUGGUAUUAGAAUCCAGCCUCUCCCGGUUGACAAGAAAGACCACUGCUGCUAGAGUUCAGUGCCUUGGCGGGGGGGGGGGGGGAGAAGGGAAGCUACUGAUGCAGGUAUCAGGCUUCUGAUGCUCCCCAUCAAUUCCCCAUUCAGUACAUGCACCACCUUUACAAGAUGCUGAGCCUGCCUAAAUUCAAUGUAAAUUGUAAAUCCCAUCUUUCAGCUGACCAACAGUUGAUCCCACAUAAAAUCUGUUAGCCUGUAAGGUAACGAAGCGUUCCCCCUUUCACGGUCUUUUCCUGCAACAGGCUAAUUUAGCUUCUCUAAUGUCAUUCAACUUUACAUUACCACUGAAGUACCAAGCAGAUCCUUUUCCCCAACAAUCCUCCCAUGACUGACCAGACCUUAUGCCCUGUAACAGGACUAAUUUGUAAAUUGCUACACACUCUCCAUUUGUUUACUGUAUUUGCCUUAUAAUCAAUCAGGUCAAUGAAGCAACAGGCACCUAAAAUGAAACGACAUAUACAGUACGCUGUGCUGGUGCACAUAUCUUUAAGCGUCUGACUGUGUUAAUUGGGGGAGGUAUACUGCAAAGCAGCAAAGAGAGCACAAUGUUAUUGUCACCCCCCAGGAAGAUUCUCAGCUCUGAUGGUCUAGAACUUCAUUUAACUUGCCCACUAGCAUAUUUGCUACUAUUAUAGCUGCAUAGUUCGUGCACUGAUGUCCAGUGGGAAAGUGUUGCCUGCUAGUAUGGAAUGAGUCUUACCACUCCCAUGUGCCCCAGCCAGCCCUGGACCUUCACAUGACAUUGUCCUCAGAGUCCAGGCCCCUUCAACUCCUAGAGGUGCGAAGCUGGUGUGGCCACCCUCUUGAAUAUCAGUUCUCCUGCAUCUUUCCUCCUAGCCACAAAAGACACCUGUGGCCAUCUCAAAGCUGGGCCAUGAUCCCUUUGUGUCUAGGACCAGCCUUUCCCUUGUGCUUCCCUAAGGUGGUUUUCUCAUGCAUUUGCUCUGUGUGUGCAGGUCAGUGCAGCUUAAUGGGCAGCCGCUCACCAUGGUGGACGACGGGACUCUGCCCACGCUGAAGCCUCGCCCCCUCCGCCCUGGCCGGACCCUGGUCAUCCCACCGCUCACGAUGAGCUUCUAUGUGGUGAAGAACGUUAAUGCCCUGGCCUGCCGAUACCGGUAG